AUGCACAUCAGAGCAGUUCGCUUACUGUCACCACCACUUCCAUCAUUUUUAUUGUCUCUGAUCACCACCAUUGCCACUGUCGCUGUUACUACUGCUUCUGCCACUGCCACUUUUGUUAUCACCCCCUUCACCCUCCCUGUCACCACCACCGCCACCCGUGUUGUUGUUGCCUUACCACCACCACCGCCACCCGUGUUGUUGUUGCCUUACCACCACCACCUUACUCUUACUGUAACUGCUGCCGCCAUUGGCACUGGUGCCGCUGCCACCAUUGGCACUGGUGCCGCUGCCACCAUUGGCACUGGUGCUGCUGCCACCAGUAUUGUGCCACCACCACCACUUGCUCUGCUGCAACCAACUCUUGCACUUCAAGUUGACUGCGGUUUCAAUCAGAAUCUAAACUCGAAGACAUUGUCAGCUCCCAAUCUUAGCACACUGGAUUUUCCUGCCCUUACAGUAGCAGAUAGUCAGAAUGUUCCUCCAAAGUAUGUCGGCGAUGAUCUUCAUCAAAGAGGAAAUGCAUAUCGGUCUUCUGAGAAAGAUAACUUGGUUUUGUUUAAGUCAGGUUCUUCAGUUCCAUCUAGAGGUGCAACAGAUUUUGCUUCAGCUGUCAGGAAACUGGCAUCUCAAGAUUCUGGUAUGUGGAAAUAUGAUAGAAAUGGUUCUGGUGAUUCCACUAUCGGCUCAAGUAGAAGCUCCCAUGGUUUCUCUGGCACUUACAAUGGCACGCAUGGAAGGAGCAUUUUUGGUGAUAAAUCACAAAGUCGUGGUUCUGCUCGGUCAGCUCCUUUUUGGCUAGAAACUGGAGAUGCAGUGGCAAAUAUGUAUUCUGAGCUUAGGGAGGAAGCUCGGGACCAUGCACGUUUACGUAAUGCAUAUUUUGAGCAGGCACGACAAGCAUACCUAAUUGGCAAUAAGGCCCUAGCAAAGGAGCUGAGUGUUAAAGGGCAAUUGCACAAUAUACAUAUGAAGGCAGCUCAUGGAAAAGCUCAAGAAGCUAUUUACCGUCAAAGGAACCCAGUUGGUCCAGAAAAUGGGAGAGGACAAGAGCGAAUGAUAGAUUUGCAUGGGUUACAUGUUAGUGAAGCUAUUCACGUGCUGAAGCAUGAGCUUAGUGUGUUGAGAAGCACAGCCCGGGCAGCAGAACAGCGCUUGCAAGUUUAUAUAUGUGUUGGGACAGGUCAUCACACCAGGGGUUCCCGCACCCCGGCAAGACUUCCAAUAGCUGUACAGCGGUACUUGCUCGAAGAAGAAGGCCUUGAGUAUACUGAACCACAGCCAGGGCUGCUUCGAGUUGUGAUAUACUGAGCCAAGGACACAUGGCAGUGCAGGGUAGGAGUUUUUGACAUAAAAACAAAGAGGUAUGAAGUCAUAGUCUUCUUAAUCAUUCUUGUAUCUGUAUAUGCGAAGAAAUGGAAGAGAAGUAGCUCAAGUCUGAAAAAGAGAAAAAAGACAGAAAAAAGUGGGGAAAGAAAAAAAAUGGAGAAUUUAGGGAAAAUGAAGGUAAAGGUAAGGAAGCAGAAAGUGUACCAUUAAGGUUUAGCUGGGUGACGUCAGCAUACAGUUUGGUAGCAUUAGUACCGUACGUUAGCGGAACUUUUGCAACCUUUUUUUUUUUUUUUUUUUUUCUCCUCUUUGAAUAUCACACUUUGUUAAUUUUGUACCUUAAUUUUUACUUUGUCAAAAAAUUCCUUUUUCUCUUCAAA